AUGUUCUCUUCCUUUAAUCGAACUUUGCAAGAAGUCAAAUCUGGGGAUGGUUCUUUGUCAAGAAUCUUAGCCAGUUCUCAGAAUGUGAAAAUAAAUGCUCCACAAUUAUUGUUGAGCAACAGUCUUCCUGACUUGUCCAAUAUUGGAUCUAUUAAAUCUAGUGCCAAGAAAAAGCAGCCCCGCGGUUAUGAUCCCAAGCUAGUUUCCAUGGGAUUGGCCAGGAGGACCGUUCGGGUUGGUACAGGCGGUGAUCGAUACAUUCCAUGUCGUAAGGCAAUGAAUAUGGAACAGGCAUCAUUUUAUCUAACCGCAGCGACUUGUGUUUCCGAUCCAUCAAAAUUGCCCAAGCCCAAGGAACGCAUUUUGAAAUUCUCCCAAGAACGUCCUGCAAUUCCAGAUAAAAACGAGGAUGAAGUGCCUAAAGCCAAGAAAUCUGCUCGCCAUAUCCCCGAUCGUCCGGAAAAGAUGCUGGAUGCGCCUAAUAUCAACAAUGACUUUUAUCUCAAUUAUAUGGAUUGGUCUGGUGGAAAUAUUCUCGCUGUGGCUCUAGAUCAGGAAGUUUAUCUAUGGAAUGCUCUCGAAGGAACCGUCAGCCUGUUAAUGACAGCUGGGUUGAACGAAGAGUAUAUAACUAGCGUAAAAUUCUCUUCACAGGAUUCGAAUAUCGUCGCCAUAGGAACUAGUAUGGGUCGGGUUCAGCUGUGGGAUGUUCGCGCUUGUGCCCUCCAACGCACAAUGAUUCUUGAUGAAAAUAGGCCAGGACGCGUUCCAGCGCUUUCCUGGUGUCAACAUAUUGUCUCCUCAGGAUCUAGACUCGGUGAAAUUCGACAUCACGAUGUGCGUAUAAUGGAUCACGUUAUUGGUUAUGCAUAUAAUCAUGAUCAAGAAAUAUGUGGUCUACAGUGGUCCCCUGAUUUUCGAUUCCUAGCCUCUGGUGCUAAUGACAACCUAGUGUGCAUUUAUAAUGCCGAUCGAUCCUUUCAACUUCAAGGCGUUGAACCUAACCACAUUCUCAAUAAACAUGAAGCGGCUAUCAAGGCUAUUGGCUGGUGCCCAUGGAAACCUACUCUACUGGCUACUGGUGGUGGUACUGCGGAUCAUCAUCUUCGAUUCUGGAACGCGUUUUCUGGUGUCUGUGUUCGUGAGGUUGAUGUUACAACUCAGGUUUCUGGUUUAAUUUGGAAUGAAGAAUAUCGAGAAAUCAUAACAAGCCACGGAGAUGGAGCCUUGCGGAUUUGGAAGUAUCCUAAUAUUAACUUGGUUAAGACAUUAGCGGAACACGAGGAUCGUGUUUUAUCGAUUUGUGCUUCACCGGAUGGUGAGAUGAUUGCGAGUAUCGGGGGAGAUGAAAAUAUCCGAAUUUGGCAUUGUUUUGAGGUCGACAAGAUGGCCAAACGACUUGAGAGGGAAAAGCACGCUUCCAUGUUCACUUUUCCUCAAAAUUUCCGCUAG